UGACAAACCAUUUAGCUGCUCUGAGUGUGGAAAAAGUUUUUGGACCAAGCAACAUCUGACGAGACACAUGCUUACUCAUACAGGAGAAAAACCUUUCAGCUGCUUGGUCUGUAAGAAGUCUUUUACAUUGAGUUGUAAUUUACGGUCACAUAUGAGAACUCACACAGGAGAGAAACCUUUCAGCUGCAGUGUUUGUCACAAAACAUUUGCUUGGCAGUCGCUGGUCAAAACACAUAAAUGUGUUGGUCGUCAGACUCAAAAUGAGGAGAACAGAAAGGCAGAGCCUCCAGCCAACAGCUCAACUGAACCCAUGGAAACAGAAGCUGAUGGAGAGGACUGUGGAGGACCAGAAGGAACUCACAUACAGGAACCAGCCAGGAACUCACAUCCAGUUUUACAACCAGAGGCUGAAGACCAGGCUUCAGACUCUUCAGAGACUGACGUCAGUGAUGGUGAUUGGAAGGAGACCAGAGAACCUCAGUCAGCUUUAAACUAUUUAAAGAAUAACCAAGUCACUGUUGGGAAUAUUAACUUCAAAUCUGUUGGGAAAUCCUUCAGCUGCUCUGAGUGUGACAAAGGUUUUGGUACAAAGGGAAGUCUGAAGAGACACAUGAUGACUCACACAGGAGAGAGACCUUUUAGCUGCUCUGAGUGCGGGAAACGUUUUUCAGAAGGUGGAACGUUACGGGCUCACAUGAAAACUCACACGGGAGAAAAGCCUUUCAGUUGCUCAGUUUGUAAAACAUCUUUUAGAGAGCGUGGAAAUUUACGGGCACACAUGAGAAUCCACACAGGAGAGAAACCAUUUAGCUGCUCCGACUGUGGGAAAAUAUUUGGCCGGACAUCACUUCUGAAGAGACACAUGCAAACUCAUACAGGAGUAAAACCUUUCAGCUGCUCAGUCUGUAAGAAAUCUUUUACACAGAAAGAAAAUUUACAGAUACACAUGACCAUCCACACAGGACAGAGGCCGUUUAGCUGCUCAUUCUGUGAGAGAGCUUUCACAGCAAGAGGAGGUUUGGAGAAACACAUGAGAAUCCACACAGGAGAGAGGCCGUUUACCUGCUCCGUCUGUAGGAAAACCUUUAGAGAUAGUGGAACUUUAAAAAGACACAUGAAAGUCCACAAGGGACAGGAACUGAGAUGAGUUGUUAAACUCUGUUGUUUGGGUCCUUAAAAAAAAAGAUGCCUGUUACAUUUUUAUUC